UCAUAACUGUAUUAACAAUUUUAAAUCUUCAAGUUCUUGCCAUGGCCAAAGUAGAAGAAAAGAAAGAAACCAUCACCAUUGCAGUUUAUAAAGCUAAUCUGCAUUGCCCAAAAUGUGCUCAUGAUAUUAAGAGGCCUCUCUUGAGAACCCCAGGAGUCCAUAAAGUGGAUGCUAAGCAUGAGAAAGGUCAAAUUACAGUGGAGGGCACCUUUGAAGUGAAGAAGAUUCAUGAAAGAUUAGAGAAAUGGAGUAGGAAAAAGGUUGAAAUUUUAUCCCAAGAUAAGAAAAUACUGGAGAAGAAGGAUGCAAAGAAAGAAACUAUAAGGACGACAAAAAUAAAGGCUUACAUGCACUGUGAAAAGUGUGAGCACGAUUUAAGAGCGAAGCUCCUCAAACACAAAGGUAUACACAAUGUGAAAACAGACAUAAAAUCACAAACUGUUGUAAUCGAAGGAGUUAUCGAAGCUGAAAAGAUUGUGACUUAUAUGCAAAAGAGAGCACGCAAACACGCAGAGAUCAUACCCAUACCCCCUCCAAAAGAGAAGGUGGAAACCAAAGAAAAGGUGAUUGUUGAUGUUGUAUCUACAAAGAUUGUGGAAUUCCAAGAGAAAAAGAAAGUUGAAGCAAAGACAAAGGAUGGUGAGGUCCCGUAUUUUGUUCACUAUGUGUAUGCCCCUCAGAUGUUUAGUGAUGAAAACCCGAAUGCUUGUUUGGUAAUGUAGAAUAGGGCACCAAAAUUAAUGUUUUUUUCUUGGCAAUAUUUCUCAU